UGGCAUGGUCGGGCGCCAUGUGAUUUCAUCCUAAAUUCCCGCGUACGGUCGUUACGUGGCCUGUAGGUCGUUGCUGUCGUAGAUACCGAAUCAAAAUAUUGUCAACAUUGCGUACGUGACUUCAACAACGUGUCGCUGUCCUGUACUUAACUUCCGCGGUUGACGUGUUCUCCUAAGUAGCACAGUAGAUAUUUCAUCGUUGCCCUCUGUGUGAAACCACGCUGAAUCAAAUACUCCUGUUCCACUGUACUAGUUCCACUGAAUUCAGGAGGCCUACGUGCGCUGGCUUUACCAGUGGAGAUCGGAUGUACCCAGAAGUUGUGGGCGUUCAACAGUGUUCAUGCAGGCGUAGCGCAUUCGCCUCUUGCCCUUAAUGGGCAUGUGUUAUUUUCUGUAUGGCUGGGUCUCCGGCAGAUGAGUUGAAAUGUCUGGACAAAGAAGUCAGCAAACUGUGCGCUUUAGACCUUUGCCAGGAGAUGAAAAAUCUCAAGCUAUGCGCCGGCUGUAAGGAAGCGUGGUAUUGCAGUAAAGACCACCAGAAACAACACUGGAGAGUUCACAAGAAGUUGUGUAAAACCAAAAUCAGCCGGGCAAAAGUGCAACAGAACUCGGAUGUCAGGACAUGUACGCAUGCGGAGGGUGAUGACAUCUUGCAUGUAGGUAGCUACACGAAGAACUCACAUUCACAAUCAAGUAGCCUUGAGUCGGAGGUUGAAUGUACCAACCCAAAAGUCCAAGAAGACAUUGCGCAGUUCUCGGCAAACAUUCGAAGAAAGCAGUCAUACACCCUUACUCCCUGUUACAACGAAGAGGGUUCUACAAAUCGGGAUUUGGAGCGUGAGAAAGACGCGGACCAGUUGACAGAGAUUCAUUCCAAAGACACGAGACAGAAACGAGGAAACAUGCCGCCCAACCAGCCUACUGGGGUAAUUGCUUCUCUGCCUGCUAAAAAGACCAUGGACUUAGUGAUGUAUGUUGUUGAGCAUAUGCAAAAGUUUGGUAUUUGUGUUGUGGAUAAAUUCCUCAAACAGGAGAAUGGCGAAGCCAUAUUAGAAGAAGUAAAAGCAUUACGAUCGAGCAGUGCAUUCAGUGACGGCCAGUUGGUGACAAGCCGAGAUGCAAACUCAACAUCCUCCAAAGACAUUCGUGGAGACAUGAUCACUUGGACGGAUGGCAGUCACCAAGAAACAAGAAACAUUGGCUUCCUCAUUUCUAAAAUUGACUCGGUCAUCCAACAGUGCAAGGAACAUCUGGAGGGGUUCAGAAACAUCAAUGGACGGACAGAGGCAAUGGUGGCUUGCUAUCCUGGUGGAGGAGCCCAUUAUGUUAAGCAUGUUGACAAUCCCAAUGAAGACGGCCGAUGUGUAACUUGCAUCUAUUACCUCAACAAGGACUGGGACUCAAAGACCAUGGGUGGAACCCUGAGGUUGUAUCCUCGUGGUGAGGAUAGAAUGGCCAGUGUAGAUCCCAUCUUCAACCGAUUAAUCUUCUUCUGGUCAGAUCGGAGGAAUCCUCAUGAAGUCAUGCCGGCCUUCAGCACCAGGUAUGCUAUCACCGUGUGGUACUUCGAUGCCAUUGAGAGGAAGAAAGCUUUGGAUUUAGCGGCCCCCAGUUAAAGAUGUUGUCUGAUGUGCCUGACUGUUGUCGGUCGUACAUUUUGAUCUACCAGUAGCAUUGGCUGCACUGUGAACUCAACUUAGGUUGGACUUGAGGCCUGCCAACUGGUAUGAGGGGGGGAAAAAAACUGAAUUAUCCCGGAAAAAUGGCACGAGUGACUUGCCUCGUAAACAAGUUCAAAGAUAGUCUUAGCAAAAAAGGGUUUAUGCUGAUAUACAUGUAUAUCCCAGUGGGAAAGUUAGCUACCCUGCAAAAUGGCUGCUGUGGAAGUGUACAUUUAGGCUGCCAAGCAUCGUCAUACUGUUAAAAAGGGAAUUAUUACGUGUAUUAAAUAGCAAUGUAAUGCUGAUCUAGUCUUGCAGUAUUUGAAAGCAUUGCAGAUCAUAAUGCCAUGGUUACCUCGUACUGACCGUAUGUAUUGUUUAAUCACAUUCAGUAUCAUGCCCUCUAGUUUGAAUCUGCACAUUUUUUUUCCUUGUUUGUUUCAAGUACAGGUGUGACUGUUGAUUGGGAAAAUUGUUCCGAGUGGUACAUGCACAUUUUUAUGAGAGGUACAGGAUGCAAGCUUACUUGGUUGGUUCUCACCAUCAGAGCACCAGCCGCCUUUCAGGGUAAAGGGCAGAGGUUAUUAUUUUGUUAAGGUGAAGAGGACUUGAUACAAGUUCCAUGUGGCAUGCAGAUGUGUAGGCAUAUUUGCCAUUCUUGCCAGAAAUGCUCUUGGAGUAGCUGAUGUCGCUGCCGUUACUUGUCUACAACAAAGAGAAAAAUCCUGCUCUCAGAUGAGAAAAGAGCUUGUCAAGAGCGGCAUUUACUUAGGAGCAAAAAGCAGAAAAAGAAAGAUGAAAUGACGGGUCGUCUUCAAGUGUCACUUUUUAUGGGACAUUGCUAUCACCUCAUGUUUAUCUCACCGUCUUUUCUUUUGGACUCUGAACAGAGAGUGGGCCCAUCUUGGUCUGAAAGUCUUGGAACAUUAUGCACUAUGAUUUUACUUUCCUCUGCAACAUUACAAACGUAUGUUACGCCACUUGCCUAUUUGUGUCUGUAAAAAAUUCAGAAAAAAGCCUUCGGAUGCCUUUGCUGUUUGUUUUUGGCUCUAAAAGAUUUGUAUCAGUGAAUAGUGAAGUAGGAAAUUGUAAAUUGUGAAACAUGAGAUCAUUUAAGGCAUGUCUUCCAAAUUUUAAAGAUUGUUCAAUGUAUGUGAAUGGUACUUCUGUAGGUGGGAUGAUUUUACAGAUCAACUUGAAUCGAGAGGAAUACUUUGUCCUGCGCCCAGAACUCUUUGUUGUUAGUUGUUCUUGACGUUUGUAAACUAUUGCUCAAAAAUAAAAGUACUUGACUGACUGCGUCGCUGUACUGUGUAAUACUGCUGUUGGUUUCAGCAAACCCUUGAUGCAUGUACAUGUGUCACAGCUGAUGUGAAAGUGCCAAAAAGGAAUUAAUGUAGUUACCGUAGCUUACAUUGCAUGGAUGCUUGCUGGAGACUCCAACUGGUAUAAUUCAAUAUGUGUUUGAAAACAGCACAGACCAAGAACAGUACCAAGACCCGUUAUAAGCUCAGCUGUGCUCAUUUCAUAUCACCUCAACAUGCACUGUCAACGAGACAAAUGAGCAAUACACUUAACAUACCGAAGGCUUACAUGUACUUGGUAUCUGGUGUUUCAGCAUGUCUUCUCUGCUAGAGAGGCAGGACAGCGCCCUCUCUUGGCACGAUUUGUCAUAAUUUCAACAAAUAUUGCAUUGCACUAAAUAUUUGUAUCAUGUUAACCACAUGUGAGUCAAGUUGUCGCAGUUUAGUGACAUAGUGAUAUUUCAAACUUCAAAUAAGAACUUAUUCCACCCCUGUGCAUGCGUGCUUAUGUUGUGUCUUACAAACUCUAGUUGUAUUGUUCUGUUACUGUCGAGUAAUGAUGCAAUUUCUGUAUAUCUUGGGAAAAAAUGCCUUAUCAACUGUAUAGACUCCUGUAAUAAAGUUUGAAUAUUCAGUUAAAUACUCACCUUUAACACCAUGGUUGUCAUACAUAAUCUGAUGCAUGCAUUUAAUUGCAUUUAAACAUUUCAGAGGUUAUUGAUGUCACGUGUAUAUUCAAUCCUUUCGGCUGUAGAAGUAUUGAUAGUACAGGACUUUGAGUCACUGAAGCCCACAAUUUGAUUACUGGUCGCAUUAAGACCAUUUUCUUAAUUUGUACAUGUACAUGUUUUUCUAUCAAGCGGAAAAUCGGACCUCUGGUCGUAAAAAAACUUCAGCUGGACUGAAUGUGACAAACCCCUCCUCCCCGCCCCCGCAUCAUUUAGGAGCACUUCUCUGUAUUAGUGAGCCACAAAGUGGCUGCGCAGUCCACUAGAUCCAUAGUUAUCCUUGAGUUAGUCAGUUCUUCUUCACUGUUGGUGUUAUCACACAAGCUCACAUGAUCUUUAGAGCCUGAGGAACACGCAAAUAUUCUAGCUGAACUCGUGGAGAGCUGCAGAACUGUUAUGUGAAUGGAAUCUCGCUUAGCUUUGUGGAUAUCAAUUAUUUUCUGAUGGUGUCCUGCUACGUGGGCUGCUCAUUUAUACAUGUGGUGGUGCAGUGUGUUUAAAAGAAAUGAUUGUCCGUCUGGUUGCUUGGCUUCUCCAGACCAUGAGGGCCACAGAUGUGUACAAGUGUAACUUUGCAGUCCAUUUUUAGCAUUUUCCUCGACUUAUAGUUUUUCAUAUAUUGUAUGGAAUUGUGUUUGAUCCACAGAAUUGCAAAUGCUUGCUUACUUUAUGCUUUUCAGUCUAAUCUUUUGUAUUCAAAAUAACAUCUUUAUUCAGUACACAAGUGAUGAACCCAUUUGAUGAAGAUUUCAUUUUGGUUGCCAUGUGACGUGUAAUUGUACGUGUAGAUCUGAAUAUGUGUUCAUUUUGCUUGUAUGUUCCACAUCUUAUGGUUUUUGUUCGGGUUUUUUCAAUGCAGGUGACAGACUCGGCAGUAAAUAAUUUCUCUGUUUUUCAAUCGUGCCCUCUAUUAUGGGAUGGCAACCAGGCCGGAAAGCUGAGCUUGUUUGAUAAGUUGUGGCAGAGUACUGGGCCAUUUCUUUAACAUGUUUUAUAGGGUCUGCUUUUUUGACAUCACAGUCACGUUUCCCUGUAAGUGGCUGCAAAAACUAUGGCUGGCUGUCGUUGCAAUAUUACAAGAAUUAUUCACAAAGUGUUUAAAAUCCCACACAGCUAUUAAAAAACCAGAAAAUAAUGUACAACCAAGUAAUAAAUGAAAUGAAA